AUGAUGGUGUCUGCAGCACUGUCCCUCAGUGCCGGCUCUGCUCAUCUAGGGGAACCAGGCGAAAGGUACAGAAAUACUGCAGAGCAUUCCCACGGAGUCUCUCCAUAUCAGUUGCCCAUUAUUAAUGAGUAUUUGAUGCCUGUGCCUCCACCACCGUCCCCGAGAAAUGAAAAGAUGAUUAACAAAAGUCGCAUUGAGGCAUGGAGGAGAAGAACCCGCCCCACCACAGCACCAACCCUCCCGGAUCCUCACAGGGAUUCAGGAAGAUUUCACAAAUCCCCCCUGCACAGUAAUGCCUUCAUCACCAUGAUCUAUUGGGGGAAGCGAGUACACCUGAAUCAUGACGACAUCAAUUCUAGAGACGAGAUCAAAAUUUAUCAGCAGCACUGCGGCGGAGAAAACCUCUGUGUCUUCCAGGGCAAACUCCUUGAAAAAGAGACGUUUCAGUUCAUCUCCAAGCGUCACUACGGCUUCCCCUUCAGCCUCACCUUCUUCCUGAACGGGAUGCAGCUGGACCGGCUGAGCUCCUGCUGCGAGUUCAAGCAUCGCCGGGGCUCCCGGCUGGGAGGCAAGAACGGAUACUUCGGCUUUGUGGACAUCGAUGGAGCUUCUCCGUGCUAUAAGUGCAUCAUUUCGCUGGGACUUGAUAAGAAGCCAUUUCCACCUCCAAAAAGAGAGAAAGAGACUAUGGAGAUAACUGAGCUAGCCGUGAAAGAGGAAGAGUGCCUCAAACCCAAUGAAGGACUCAUUGAAGAAGAAGAGGAGAUGAUGAGGCCACCCAUAGUUGUUUGUUCAGCCCCAGAAGAUGACAAGAAAGUUGGCAAGGUGGUCAAGGAAGGGGUGAACGCAGCAGAGGAAAAAGGAGCGGCUCCUUAUGAAAAUAAACAUGAAGCUCCCUUUAAAGAAGACUAUGAUGAAGAUUUCGAAGUGGAUGAUGAGAAAUCCAAUGAGAAAACUACUGAAGAUGGACAGAUUGAUGAUCAGAUGAACGGAAGGUCAAAGUCACCCUCAGACGAUGAAAAAGAUAACGUAGAGCAUGAGAAAGAGAGCGAAACCUCAUUCCAGGAAACGCGAGAAGGCGACAAUUAUAUGAAAUACGAAAUAGACGGAUGCUCGGACAAUGACUUGGAAGAUGAUGAUAAACAAGGGGCCGGCCGUCGGGGACGUCCUCGUCCUCCUGGGCCACCUGCUGGAUCUGCCUCGCCGGUCCAUGCUCAGAGCCGGUUCAGCCCAGCCUGGGAUCCAGCCCUGGACAGCACAUCCGAUGAGCCAUCAUCCACCUUCCCUUAG